GGAAGCAGGACUGAGGGCCGGUGGAGUGUGGCAGGUUGGAAUUCGCUGUGGAGGCGGGGAACCGAGAACAGUAGAAACACCUUACAGCUCAGUGCCAGAGCGUGAAAGAAGAAGCUUUCCUAUGGCGUGCGAUUGAUCAAUUCAAUCUCAUUGGCUUUGGUUGUGCAAGUGGCAGAGAGAGGGAGAGAGAGAGAGAGGGGAAUAUUAAAUAUGGCUGGAAAGUCUCUGCACUUGUGCGUAUUCGUGAUUUGCGCGAUUCAAACCAACACUGGAUUUAACAUUGACGUGCAGUUCCCCGUCAUCAAAGAAGGAAAAACCAAGGGCAGCUUAUUUGGAUUUUCUGUUGCAUUGCACAAACAGACCGAAAAGACAAAGAAGAACUUGCUCUUAGUCGGAGCGCCCCAAGAAAAAGCCCAGCCCCAACUCAGCAAACUCAACAUUAAUGAAACCGGAGCCGUGUAUUACUGUCCCAUAACCAUUGACCAGCAUGACUGCGGGAGGAUGGACCUCAUCAGUCCACCGCAGUCAACAGAGAUGGUGGAGGGCAUGUGGCUGGGAGUGACCGUGGCCAGUCAGAGGAAUGGAGGACAUGUUCUGGCAUGUGGUCAUCGCUAUGUAAAGAAACUGCUGGGUGCUGAGGAGCAGCAGCGUAUGGUGGGCAAAUGUUACGUGCGGGGCAACGACCUGACCUACGACCAGUCUGAUUACUGGCAGUCGGACACUUACGAGCUCUGCGACUUCAACUAUGACCAGAACCUGGAGGGCAUGUGUAACAUGGGCAUCUCAGGGGGCAUGACGGAAAAUGACGUGUACUUUGGGACGCCCGGCAGCUUUGUGUGGCAGGGAACUGUCCAUAUGAAAGAGAGAGACUCCAACUCAGAUUUUCCUGGAGAUAGAAAUGAAAUAACCUUCGGAAAGCUAGGAGAGGACAGACUCAACAUCUAUAUAGGUUACUCUGUUCUGGAGGACAUAAAGUUACUGGAUCGCUCUGACUACACUGUGGUGACGGGGGCUCCCAGAGACAAUUUCAAAGGUUCAGUGAUCCUUGCAAAAAAACAAGAUUUGGUUCUCAACCCAGUGACGACAAUCCCAGGGGAACAAAUAGGGUCGUACUUCGGCAGCUGCUUGGCGGUGACGGACCUCAACAAUGACGACUGGAACGACCUGAUCGUUGGAGCUCCGUUCUACUUCGACCGCUACAAGGAGGAGGGAGGAGCCGUUUACAUCUUCAUGAACGAGAACGGAUUCUUCCAGGAAAAAGCCAGCUUGGUUCUAAAGGGUCAAAAAGGCUCCGGGUUUGGAUUUGCUGUUGCUGCGGUGGGAGACGUCAAUCAGGAUGGAUUUCAAGAUUUCGCUGUUGGUGCUCCGUUCCAUGACUCUGGGAAAGUCUAUUUAUGGAUGGGAAGUAAAAGUGGAAUAAGUAAAGAACCCAGCCAGGUGAUCGAGGGGAAAUCAUUAGGUCCCAGUGGCUUCCAGACGUUCGGCUACUCUCUCAGUGGAGGAAUGGAUAUGGAUGGAAAUGAUUAUCCGGACAUUUUGGUGGGCUCCAUGGAUGACCGCAUCGCUCUCCUGAGGACUCGUCCGGUCAUCCACCUCUCCAAAAACUUCACAGUAGAGCCAAAGAUUGUGAUUCCAAGCCAGUGUGUUGAUUCCUGGUGCAUAAAGGUGACGGUGUGUUUCAGUUACACUCUCAGCAGUGGAAACAGAGCCUUCCAGAAGGCCAUCACUGUGAAGUACACAGUAGACGCUGACCAGAAUCGCCGUGGCCCUCGAGUCCGUUUUCUUAAUAACAAGCAAAGCACAUUUACAAGCCUGCUGUCUUUCUCCGCUCCCGCGUGUCAAGAGCUGGAACUUACUGUUAAUACACCUGUGAGGGACAAACUUCAGCCCAUAGCGUUCACUCUGAACGUGUCUCUAAACGAGCAGAAGGCAGCAGCACAGCAAACACUCCAGAGUCUGGAUGAUUUCCCUGUGCUGAGCGGCCAGCAGGUCCUGACCGACAAAACCGAGAUUAACUUUCAUAAGGAGUGUGGAGAUGACAACAGAUGCAGCAGUAACCUGCAGCUCAAGGCCACGUUUGCUGAUGAGAAUCACAAUCCCUUCCCCAGUCAGACUAUGGAGUUCAACAGUAACAUUAAGAAGCUGGUGAUGAUGGUGGAAGUUACUAACACGGUGGAUGGAGGCAGGCAGGCCGAGGACGCCCAUCAGGCCAUGCUGAACAUCAGCAUUCCCCCCUCACUACAAUACUCAGGAGUGCGCCCUCAGCCUGGUUUCGAUACGAUUGUGUGCAGCGCGAACGAGACUGUGAUUUGCGAUCUGGGAAACCCAUUUAAAAGCAAUCAGAAGGCCUCAUUCAUAAUCAUCUUUGAGACUUCUGGUAUAACGCUUUACACCGAGCUGAUUGAAUCUCAGCUUCAGCUCUCCACUAUCAGUGAACAGAAGGAUCUGUAUCCUGUUCCUGUCACCCUCAGCGUGAAGAACACGGUCCUUACCACCUUUUCCUUAGACAAACAGGUGAUUGACACGUCGUUCAGUGGCAGUGUGACUGGUGAAUCUGCCAUGAACAGCACCAGUGAUGUGGGGAGUCUGCUGGAGCUUGUGUUUCGUGUGCACGUGCUGGGAGCACCUCUGGGAGAUUUGGGAACUCUGAUGAUUGACUUUGAAUGGCCAUUUGAGGUAACCAAUGGGAAAUGGCUGCUGUAUCUCACAGAGAUCGUGAUCAAAGGAGCGUCAGAGUCGCGUUGUGUCCCACCGGGGAAGGUUGUCAACCCUCUCAACCUCACACUGUCAGAUCGAGCGACCAAACGGUCCAAAAGAGAUUUGGAGUCAGGAUAUCCCCAUGCAGAAGCUUCUGUCACCGUCCUGGCACCUCGUAAAGUGUCCCAUUUGCUGGUGAGGGAGGCAUCUGCUCUGAUUUUCAUGCUGUCCCACCAGUUUUUUUUAAAAAGUCAAAUGUCAAAAAGCGUGGCUUUUGUUCCUGUUCAGGAGUGUUCAAAGCUGACGGCUCGGUGCAUGACCUUCUCCUGCCCGCUACAAAACAUGUCGAAUCAGGCGGAGAUCAGAGUCAGGUCACGCGUGUGGAACGGCACCUUGCUGGAGGAUUACGCCAAUGCCCUGCGAGUGGAAGUGAAGGGCCAGGCCACGCUGAGACUGCUGACAGAUAAACCGGCAAUCAGAAUGGAAAACCAGACCAGAGAAUUUUCAGUAAACAUUGAUCCGGUGCUGGGAGAGGAGACGCCAUAUGAAGUUCCUCUCUGGAUCAUCAUUGUUGCAGCGGUCGCAGGGAUCCUGUUAUUAGGCAUCAUCAGUCUCAUUCUGUGGAAGUGUGGUUUCUUCCGACGGGCCAGCAGGAGGGAGAUGUAUGAGGCCAAAUCCCAGAAAGCAGAAAUAAAGAUCCAGCCCUCUGAGACAGAGAGGCUGACGGAGGAAUUCUGAGCCUGCGGGGGCCCGCUCGGGCCUCUUGGCAGCACUGUUAGGGCCCUUCGUGUGGUUUCUUCAAAAGGACUGUUUACUACAGGAUAAUGCCAAAGUACCAUGGAGUGAAAGUACGCAAAGAGGAACGCUAUAACUUGGCCUUUCAGCCUGAGCAAGAACUGAGCAAGAAACUCUGGGUCACCAACUGGACAGAAAUGCAUGAAUAUUACUACUGACCUCUUCACCUCUCUCCGUCCAGAGCCAGGGGAGCGUGAUGAUUGGAGGAUGUCUUUUAUUAACCCCUUCUCAACUCAACAGACACCAGACACUGCAGUCAAUCACGCAGUUGGGAACGUUUCCAAAUGUUUGUUGGUCUGUGUGCAAUAUCAUGAUUUGUAGACCAGUAAACCGCUUUCAACGAAGCCAGAGGAUUUUCUGGGACAUCCUUGACUUAGUAGUGAGCAGCUGAUUUAUUGUCCUAGUUUUAAAUCUUUAAAUAUUGCUUUGUGUGUUUCAUUGCAUUUUAAAUUUCAUUGCAUUGUAAUAUUUUUCUAAUGUCACUAUAAUAGAUUGAGAUAAGGAGAUCUUUUCCAUCAUGCUAUAACUGAUUUGAAAUCAAACAGCACUGAGUAAAUAGACUUGAUUUUCAAGUUGCUUUGUCUUUGGACGCUUAUUUUGUAAUACUGCAUAAGAACUGCUCCAUUUUGUUUUCCAGCUACCUCCUCCCAUGGAGAAAGGUGUUUAAGUGUGUCAAAUGUUUGCCCAAACCAUCAUGUUACUGUCAGCAUUAGUUGAUUGAAUCUCUCUCCCUCUCUUUUUCUAUAUAUAUAAACAUUUUGAAUAAAAGCUUAAUUUAGGACAGUUUUGUUUUACAUUGUGAAGCAAUUUUACAACAAAUUCUUAUUACUGCAAUGCAAAAAAGAA